AUGGCUACAGAUCCAUCUUCGAGAUACCAGGCUAGCUGCCAGCCGCAGGAGAGAAUCGCCAUUGUCGGCAUGGGAUGUCGGUUUCCAGGCAAAGUGUCGAACCCUUCUGCUCUCUGGGACUUGCUCAGCCACCCGGAAGAUCUCUCUAUGCCCAUCCCGUCCUGGAGACUUCGCAAGGAAGGAUUCUACCACAAGGAUGCCUCACAUCAUGGGACGACAAACAGCAGGGGCUCCUAUUUCAUGGAUGAUGACGAUGUCAAAAUGUUUGACGCCCAAUUCUUCAAUAUCGCCCCGCAUGAGGCUGAGUCCAUGGAUCCUCAGCAUCGUUUACUGUUGGAGGUGGUUUACGAGGGUCUCGAGGACGCAGGGAUCUCACUCGAGGCAACUUCUGGCACAUCGACCUCGGCCUACGUGGGUCUGAUGACAACAGACUGGCAAGACCUGCAGCUACGAGACAUUGAUGAUGCUCCAAGGUAUCUCGUGACUGGGGGAGCACGCAGCAUCGCCAGCAACCGUUUGUCGUACUUUUACAACUGGCACGGACCGAGCGAGACCAUCGACACGGCCUGCUCUUCAUCCCUUGUGGCUGUUCACCAUGCGGUACAAUCACUACGAUCUGGCGAGGCCAGCAUGGCGGUUGCAGCCGGCACCAAUCUCCUGCUAGCACCGGAGAUGUACAUCAUGACGAGUAAUCUAAAUAUGCUAUCAUCCACUGGCAAGUGUCAAAUGUGGUCUUCUGAUGCAGACGGUUAUGCUCGCGGAGAAGGCGUCGCCUGCGUGAUUCUCAAGACGUUGUCAAGUGCGCUCGCCGCCAACGAUCACAUCUAUGCCGUGAUUCGCGAGACCGGAGUGAACCAGGACGGCAGGACUUCGGGCAUCACGAUGCCCAGCCCUGUGGCGCAGAGCCGGUUGAUACGCGAUACCUACGCAAGGGCUGGACUGGACAUCACGCGCAAGGAGGACCAAUGCCAGUUCUUCGAGGCCCACGGCACAGGCACGCCAGCAGGUGACCCGUUAGAGGCACAGGCAAUCUGGGAUGCCUUUUUCCCGGGGAGACAAGAGGCAAAAGAGACCUCAGAUGUCUCAACUACCGGCCCGGAGGAGCUUUAUGUUGGUUCCGUAAAGACAGUCAUGGGCCAUCUCGAAGGCUGCGCCGGGCUUGCCGGGCUCCUCAAGGCAGCCCUCAGUGUCCAGCGCGGCUUUAUCCUACCGAAUCUGCAUCUUGGGACCCCUAACUCAAAGAUCGUACCGUUUCUGGGCCCAGGGAAGAUGGCGGUGGCAACCGACAUGAUACCGUGGCCUGGGAGAGACAACAAGAUGCCGCGACGUGCAUCCGUGAACUCGUUCGGGUUCGGAGGGACUAAUUCUCACGCGAUAUUGGAGUCGUACGACGACAGCGAACUCCAAGAGCAGAAUCCAUCGGAUAUAGUAGCGAACCCCAUCAGCCAAGGGUCCAACCAACCACAUGCGCCAGUCAUCAUCGUGCUUUCUGCCGCCUCGGAGCCGGCUCUCGCUGCCCUGACCUCCCAAUACGCAGACUACAUCGAGAAACACCCAGAGGCGGACCUCAGACGUCUGGCAUUAACGACCCAACGACGGCGGACGCGACUCGCCCACGGCAUGUCCUUCUCCGGAAGAACGAGAGCAGGACUCGUCCGACAGAUGAGAACAGCUCUCCAGGCUUUCCAAGAUGGUGGAAAAUUGGGCGUCAUGACUUCCUCAACCAGGUGUCUCAACAAACCUGUCGAGAUACUCGGCGUCUUCACGGGCCAAGGAGCCCAGUGGGCCGGUAUGGGGGUUAAGCUCCUCGACUCUUGCCCGAUAUUCGCUCGCACCAUCGCCGCCCUCGACCACGCCCUGGCCAAAACCAUGGCAGAAGAACAGCAGCUGUCCGAGGAUGGAACCAAACCGUGGUCGCUUAUCGCUGAACUCAGAGCCCCCGCAAACACAUCCCGCGUCGGAGUAGCCGAGUUCGCCCAGCCGCUCUCCACCGCCGUCCAGAUCGCCCUCGUCGAUGUCCUGCACGCCGCCGGUGUCCGAUUCUCUGCCGUCGUCGGCCACAGCUCCGGCGAACUGGCGGCUUCUUACGCGGCAGGCCUGACCUCCGCCGUAGACUGUGUCCGAAUGGCGUACUACCGGGGUCGGUUCUCUAUGUUGGCUCGUAGCCCGACGCGGGACGCAGCCACAGACGAGUACAAAAAGGGCGGCAUGAUGGCCGCCAGUCUCUCCAUGGAGGAAGCCUUGGCAAUCUGUGCCGAAGAAGAGCUCAAACUCGACGGAAGCGUCUGGGUGGCGGCCAACAACGCCCCGAAAAGCGUCACCCUCAGCGGCGACCUCGAUAAGCUUAGGGAUCUGAAGGCUGUUUUCCGCGAUCGAAAUAUCCCGGCCCAGAUGCUCAAGGUCGACAGAGCGUACCACUCGCCGCACAUGGUACCCUCGGGGGAUGCGUACCGACAAAAAUUGACCGAAUGUCAGCUUGAGGGGCCGCCGUCGCUGAAAGAACCGUGUACUACUACUUGGGCUUCGAGUGUGUACCCAGAUUGGGACCCGAUGUCCGCCCAGGACCCAGACGCGGUCUCGGAAACGGUCAAAAACGCCCAAUACUGGGUUGAGAACAUGCUGUCUCCCGUGCUCUUUCGUGAGGCCCUCGAAAAGACGGCGUCACAAGGAGACAUUGCCGUCAUCCUGGAAGUCGGCCCACACCCCGCACUCCGCCGCCAGGUUAACGAUACGUGGGCGGCCAAGGGGAACUCCUCGUCGUAUCACGGAACUCUCAACCGGGGCGCCGACGAUGCCGAGAGUCUGGCCGGCCUGUUCGGUUUUCUAUGGCAGCACGGCGUUCCGGUCGAUCUGGACAUUCUCGAUUCUGGAUCGAGAUCUCAAGAGUCGUCGGGUGUUCCGGCUGAGGAUAAGUCUGCUCUCAUCCCACUUCCGGGUCUUCCUACCAUGCCUUGGCAGCACAACCGUGUCUACUGGUGCGAAUCUGCCAAAGCGGCACAGUUGAUCCGCCGAGAUGCUGCCAACUGUCUUCUCGGACAUUGCACCAAGAGCGGGUCGAGCUACGGCGGCACUCAACCCAUCGACAAAGAGAAGCCUGACGCAGGGUGUUUUGUGAGGCUCACCGGAUGGAGCUGGCGGCAAGUUCUCCGUCUGAACGAGCUUCCCUGGCUGAACGGACACAAGGUCCAGGGCCAAGUCGUGUUCCCGGCGGCAGGCUACUGUGUCAUGGCAAUGGAGGCUGCCAAGCAGGUCGCUCAGGGGGUACGGGGACUUCCGGAAAUCGGACUCGACACGUCGACUACGCUCGAGGUUGUGGAACUCGCAGAUGUCGAAUUCGGCCGAGCGGUCGUGUUCCCCGACAAGGGCAACCAGGGCGUGAGUAUCUCGCUCCACCUACACGACAUCCAGUUCAGGAGACACCACACGCGUUCUGGAUCUGAAGACGCAACCAUGGACUUUUGCGCCGCCUUUUAUAUCGAGGCUCAGCCUGGCGCCGUCGGAGAGCCAGGUCGCGCCAACGUCCCGCAUGUGGCCUGCUCCGGCCGCAUUCUCGGCAUGGUGGCAUCAUCUCCGACCAAGCCCGCCUACACGGACGCAAUGCCUCAUUAUGUCAAAGAUGCCGUCUACCUGCAUUCAGUUCCGGCGUCCUCGGUCUAUGAAGCAUACGCUGGUAUUGGCCUAGAAUAUUCCAAGCCCUUCCGGGUUGAUACCGUGGAACGAUGCCUCGGCCGCGCCAGGUCGACUGUCGAGCUUGCAAACGUCUUGCCAGAGGCCUCAGAGCAGGAAGAGUCGUGUUUCCCCGUAGCGCUGCUUGACAAUGCCUUUCAAACCUCCCUGGCAGGCUUCACUGCGCCGGGAGACGGCAAGUUGUUGUCGCCGUAUUUACCACGCAUCAUUCGCAGGCUACGGGUCGACCUUGCCGCCUACGAGACCGUGGCAAAGUCCGAUACCCGGAUCCUUCUCGAUGCCACCCUCGUAGGGCAGACAGAACCCAAAGAGGGAGAGGAAGACUCGGAAGGGAGCAGCGGUACGACUACGGGCACGUGGGUUGCCAACAUCGAAGGCGUUGUCAUGGAGUCUGAGUCACAAGGCAACUUGCCCGAGGAAGCCAAUCGUAUGAUGCUCCAAGUCGAGGACCUCCAGUGCGUUAACCUCGUGCCGACCCAGGGACCUUACCAAGAAGGCAUUUUCAGCGAGGAAAUCUGGGCUCCCGAUACGCCAGACGCCCUGGACGAGUUCGUCCUCGAAGAAGACGGUGCUGAGGAUCACGACGCGCUCGAUGUGGUCGAGCAGCUGACGCAUUAUCACAUGUGCCAAGUGUACGAAACCUUCAGCGCUGAUGAAGCGCGCGAUGAAGCCAAAACGCCAUGGUUCAUACGACGGUUCUGGAACUGGAUUCAUCACCACUUCACGCGGGACGGACAGGAUGUGUAUCAGAACCCGUGGCGUGACGACCCCGGUCGUGUCGAGCGCCUCAUGCGGCGUGUUGAAUCAGCCAAGCAUCGCGUCGAGGUGGAGAUACUGCAAGCCGUCGCGCAGAACAUUGUGAGAGUGAUGCGGCAGGGUGAAGGGCCAACUCUGCUCGAGGUUCUGUUUGAGAACGACAUGCUUGCGCGACUGUAUACAGAGCCCGUCAUGUAUGCCCGAGCGAACCGGUACCUUGGUAGGGUAGCAGGAAAGAUCUCGCACAGGUUUCCUCGAUGUAAGAUAUUGGAGAUUGGCGCAGGCACGGGAGGCGCAACAAGGGCCAUGUUCAACGGCCUUGACGGGGCAUACAGCUCGUAUACCUUCACCGACAUAUCGAGCAGCUUCUUCGAGAAGGCCAAGGCGAAAUUCAAAAACGAGGCAGACCGUAUCAUCUUCAAGACGCUCGACGUCGAGAAGGAUGUGACGGAGCAGGGAUUCUCCCCGGGGACCUACGACGUCGUCGUCGCCUCCAACGUUCUACACGCCACGAAAGACAUUGAGCGGUCCCUGGCCAACGCCCGACGGCUGCUCAAACCAGGCGGCUACCUGCUCAUCUUGGAGAUCACCGCCGUUGACAAGGUCCUCGUGCCUUUCCUCAUGGGCGCCGUCCCCGGCUGGUGGCUGUUCGAGGACAAGUGGCGAUCGGGCACGUACAGCCCGCUGCUCACCACGUCCAAAUGGGAUGAGGUUCUCCGACAGGUCGGGUACGACACGGGAACGGAGUUUGUAUAUCACGAUAUGCAAGACGAGCAUCUCACCAGCGUCAUGGUCGCACGGGCGACGGACCAGGAGUGGAAUGCCUUCCAAAGCGGCUUCGUCACCCCGAAGACUGCUUUCAAGACGAACAGCCUCAUGAUCGUGGCCGGGCCCGACCAGAUCGACGACGGGAAGAAGCCAAGCUCCAGCCAUCGUUUAGCAGCCGGUGUCGCUUCGGCAAUGUCUCGGUUUAGUAAUACUACAAAUCAUGAGCAUCCUCUACAAAUGGUCACUGUUAACGGCCUCGAGGCCGCGGCAGCUUCGCCCCUUCUCGGGAAGAGCAUGCUCUUGGUCCUCUCAGACCUCGACAAGCCGGUGUUGGACAACACGAAACCCGCAGAAUGGGAGGCCCUCAAGGACGUCUUCGCCCGGGCAAGCCACGAGAUCAUCUGGGUCACGAAACGGAGACUCCGGGGCGCGGAUCCGAAGCAGAGCAUGAUCGUCGGGAUGGGACGCUGUGCCCGCCAGGAGAAUCCAGCCCUGAAGCUUCGAUUCAUCGACGUGGACGACGAUGAAUGCACCGAUGCCAUCAGGAUCCUGGCGCUGAUGACAUGUCAAGCUCGCGUUCUGACGCCGGUGGUCGCGCAAGAUGCCGGCAGCCCCGGUGAGCCGGCCUGGUUGUAUUCGACGGAAUUCGAAGUCGCCGUUGACAAGGGCCGGCUGAUGUUGCCGCGUCUCGUUCCUUUGCAUGACGCGAACAAACGGUACCUGGCACGUCGCGCGGGCUUCGUGCCGGAUGAUGAGAACCAUGUAGCCGAGGACGACGAGGACGAUAAACAGGUCAAAGUCAACGGAAAAUUGGAUGGCAUGCCGCAACCACACUCACAACACCCGUUAUCUCCGCCGCUAUCAGAAGAUGGAAGUUCCUAUCCCAGCUUCAGCCCCGAUGCGGCCCUUCGUCUCUCAUACCCAUAUGGCCUUCGACUGAACGGACCACAGAAAUCUCCCGUGUUCAUUUCACUAUCGAAAAAGGGAGAGACCGAGAAGGCCAUCGUCAUAUCAGCGCGGUGCCCGGACGGUCCGUCCAUCGACCCGACCCAUGCCGGCGCGUUCCCGGUGUGCGCCCCUGAAGGUCUCUGGAAAUCAGCCGACGCCGAAGAAGCAUUCCUCUCGGCGGUUGUUUUCUGUCUUGCGGCUUCCAUGGUUUUCCAAACUACAGAUGACUGCGGUGAGGAAUCGGCGGCCGUCAUGGUAAUCGAGCCGGACGCUGCUUUUGGGUACGCCCUUGGUCUGCUCGCAGAGCAACAUAAACGCCACUUAUACGUUGUCACGCCGAGGCCGCCACCGGAAGAAAGAUACGGCAACGUAGCCGAUGCCUCGGCGUUUGUGAGCUACCUUCACCCAAGCCUCUCGGCUCACAAGGUGAAGAAGUUGCUUUCCAGACACAGGACGGGUAUCGUCGUGGAUCACGGCUCGUUCAAAGGUCCUGGCUUCUGUGCCGACGCCCGAUUCACCGCAAUGAAUUCCAACUUGCCCAAAGAGUGGAAGCGCUUCACCCAAGAGGAAGAACUUCUGGAACGGGUCAACAAGAAAUUGCCGGCUACACCUCCCGGUCAGAUAAAAGCCCCCUUGUCUAAUACGAGUCUGCCAGUAUCGGCCAGCAGACUGUCCAUGCUCGUCGGAAACGCGUCCGCCUUGGCGGUAGAAAUGGUGUCGACCUCCGAUGCGCCGUUCAGGGCCAACAAAGUCGCCAUGCUCGACUGGGACAAGUCCGAAACAAAGACGACAACGACGAUGCCCUCCAAACACGAACGCCCUCGUCUCCUCCCUAGUCCACGGAGUCUUUUCCACCCGGACAAGACCUACGUCUUCGCUGGCAUAACAAGUGACCUCGGCCUACUGGUCGCCAAGUGGAUGGCCGAGAACGGUGCCCGGUCGUUCGCCCUGACCAGCCGCAACCCCGACAUCCCGCCCAUCUGGCUGCAGGAGAUGAGAAAGCUCGGCGCCGAGGACGUCCGCGUCUUCAGCAUGGACGUGACGGACCCCGACUCCGUCACCCGCACAUGCGACACCAUCGGCCGAACGAUGGCUGCUCCUGUCGGCGGCGUCGUGCUCGGCGCGAUGGUCCUCAGAGACACUUUGAUGGAGAACAUGCCCCUCGAGACCCUACAAGCGACAAUGGCCCCCAAAGUGAAGGGGUCGGGUCUCAUCGAAGACUACUUCCGGGAUGCGCCCCUCGACUUCUUCAUCUUCAUGUCCAGCAUGUCCGCCGUCGUCGGCAUCAGGGGCCAGUCCAACUACUGCGCCGGUAACAUGUACGGCCGCGCGCUAGUCGCCAACCGCCGCGGCCGUGGCCUGGCCGCCUCGACCAUCGACCUUUCGACUGUCUUCGGCGUCGGCCACUUCGCCAACGCCGGCGCUGCGAACCUGGACACCGUGCACGCCAACCUGGAAGGCUUCAAUACCCUGGCCAUAGGCGAGGCGGAGCUGAUCGACUCCUUCCACGAGGCCAUUCUGCGCGGGCCACCGGACGCAUCCUCGACGGGCGAGGUCACCGUCGGGCUCGGCUCCGAGACGGCCGUGGCUGGGCCCGACCGGCCGCCGCAGCCCGCUGCGUGGCACAACGACCCACGCUUUGCAAACUUCACGGCACGAGCCGGAGAUCAACAAGACGGGCUGCGAAGGGGCGGCGGGAAGAAGCCUGGGGCGGCUGGCGGGUCGACCAGGAACACGCGAGAGGAAUUGGCGCGUAGCACCUCGGAGGAGGCGCGGCUGGCCACACUGAGCGGGUGUUUUGUCGAGAGGAUCCAGGAGAUCAUGCAGCUUGCAGCGUCGUCCCUGCGGACGGAUGUCCCGCUAACGGAUUUGGGUAUCGACUCCCUGGUCGCCGUUGACUUGCGUGGUUGGUUCUUCAAGGAGCUGGGCGUGAGCGUUCCCGUGCUGAGUAUUCUGAACGGGGAGAGCGUCAAGAAUGUGUGCCAGACCGUGCUUUCGCAGGUACAACUCGAUGUUUAG